AUGAGCUCUUACUUUGUAAACUCGUUCUCAGGGCGCUAUCCAAAUGGCUCCGACUAUCAGUUACUAAAUUAUGGGACUAACGGCGCUGUGAGCGGCUCCUUCAGAGACCCUGGCACCAUGCACUCCGGGUCUUUCGGCUACAACUACAAUGGCAUGGACCUAACCGUGAACCGCACCAACGCGGGCAACCACUUCGGUGCCGUGCGAGAUGACACCCGUGGAUUCGCGCCGGAUGCCCGCUACAGACAGACGCCCAAUUGCUCGCUCUCAUCCCCGGACCCGGUGCAGCCCCAGCCACCUCCGUCCUGCGCAAACAGGGAGCAACUGGAACUAAAAAGCCCUUCUCCACCGUCUGACCGGAGCGCGACCUCAGCUUCCAACAACAAAAACAGCGGAGCGCACUUCACGGAGAUAGACGACGGUGGCGCGGUGGUGUCUGAGAGCGAGGAGGGCGCACACGGCAGCGGAGGGUCCAGCUCUGUUCCACGCUCACAGCAGCAGCAGCAGGAGCCCAGUGCCACCUCAUCGGCUCCUACAGAUUGCCAAACGCCGCAAAUAUUCCCUUGGAUGCGGAAACUGCACAUAAGCCAUGAUAUGACUGGACCAGAUGGGAAAAGGGCCCGAACUGCGUACACCCGCUACCAGACUCUAGAGCUGGAGAAAGAGUUUCACUUCAAUAGAUACCUAACCAGACGGCGGAGGAUAGAGAUAGCCCACGCCUUGUGUCUUUCCGAAAGACAGAUCAAAAUCUGGUUUCAAAACCGCCGGAUGAAAUGGAAGAAGGACAAUAAACUGAAAAGCAUGAGUCUGGUGACAGGAGGCAGCGCCUUCCACAACUGA